AUGGACUAUUCCAGCAUUCUGUCUAAGCCCAAGUCAUUCUUUGGUAAACAAAAAGUCUGGAUGGCUCGCGGCGAAGACCUUGCCCUUUUCAACACGCAUCGGCCCAAUAUCCAGAACCUCCUGAGACAUUCCUGUAUUCCCGAGUCUAGUCAUAAUCUCUGGAUCGGUCUUUAUCGAGUUGGGACUACGGAGGACGAAGCAAAGACAUUCGUUGUUGUUUCAUGCACCGAUCGCAGAAUCCGAAAGCUUACUCGUGAUAUCCUAAGCAGCUGCCCUAUCUUCCAGCCAGGUCAAGCCCUCGACCGAUUCAAAGUCAUCAGUAAAGCAACUCUUCCCGAGACAGCUUGCGAGCCUCGGCAGACUAUGCAAGACGAACAGGACUCGGAAAAUGAACCGGGAUUGUGGAACGGAGACAAGGGCAAGAACAUUGCUAGGGACGAAUACAAGACUAUUCGCAUAUCCCCAUCCAUCACAUCAGAUAGCUAUCUGUGUCGCCAAGUACAAGCACGCCAUGUAUCUGGCAAAGGAGAGGUGCGAUAUCAAACAGCCACGGCAGGACCGCUGAUCAACGUCGAUGGCCGCACCUAUCAGCUCACUGUGGCGCAUGUUGUCAACUUUGAGACGAAAGAUAUUCACGAUACCAUUGAGAGCGCAACGGAUGACUGGGAUGACUGGGAUGAAGAAAGCGAUGAUGAUGUCAACAGUGGAUGUUCCGUAGAUGAAGAUGUUGCCUCUUGGGAUAUCUCAGCGAGCCGCAACAGUACUUCAGACGCCUCUGAUAAUGGCAUUUCCUCUUCUUUGUCAAGCGACUCAGCCUUUGAAGUUGCUACUCAACGAGAGGGAAGUGGUGCAGCCAUCACAAAAGCAACUUUCGUCGAUGAAGAACUCAUAGGCGAGUCAGCUCACCCGCCUUCCUCGCCACAUCCCCAUCAUUCAGAACUUCCAGUCCUCGAAGAAUUUCUCAUUGAUCAUGCCUCACCGUAUUUGGGUUUUGCACCCGGAUCAGAGAAUUGUCAAAUCUCCACAGAAAUGGAUUAUCUUCUCAUUCCUAUAAACAUAGAUCUCCAGGCAGAGGUCUCUACGUACAAGAGCGCAGAGCUAAUACAGAUCUCUGAAGCCUUUGGUUUGCAAGGCAAAACAGAGCCUCAACCGGUUAUCAUUGCUACUGCAUUACUCGGGUAUGUGGAAGGCGUGGUGUUUCCAUCAUCAUCACUGUUGCGACCUCCGGGCUCAAAGAACUUCCAAACAUUAUAUUGCAUCAAUUCCUACAGUGCUAUGUCAAAGGGAACUUCUGGGUCAGCCGUUUUCGACAGGAAAACUGGACUGCUUGCUGGAUACAUCGUGCUUGGAUGUCCUGAAAAGAACAUCUGGUACAUGGUUCCUAUCUUGGACGUGUUGAAUGACCUUGAAGUGAGAUUUCACCAGAAGGGGAAAUGCCAAACACGACUCGAUGUCGAUGCAGCCACAAGCCUGAGCGAUGAAAGAGUAUUUCGGAAUGAAAUACCGCCCGACCUGCUUGGAACUACUCAGAUAUGCCAGGGCGGCUCUUCUAUUCUCAUGAAAGGAGAUUAUGAUCAGUCAAUGGUCUCAAAGCCAUUAAAAAUGACUAAAUUGGAAACAUUUGACAAGCCUACGACGAGCAUUUCCAAAGGCUCUCAAAGAGAAAAGCCAACCUGUUUUGAUCACUGGAAAAGUCUAUUUGGUCACGAUGCCAAUGCACCAGAAAGAGGUGUCCUGCUCCUAGCUAAGUUCAGACGACUCAAGACAGCCUUCUUACAAGAAAUGGCUCACAUGCUACCGGACCCCGUCAAAGCCUUUGAAGAAUCUGAAAUUAAGCCCGAAGGGACUAAAGUAGGCAGUUACGACAGAAAAGAUGGCCUCCAGCCUAUGGUGUGGAUGUUGGACAUAUUCGAACCUAUCGACAAAGUGCGAGCACUCAAUAAACGUGAUCUAUCUGAAUUAUUGAAACGAAAGAACCUGUCGCCCGGUAGUCCUGACAAUACGACUGAUACACCGAACUUCCUCUACAUCAAGAACUCUGAUCCCACAGCGAUCAUGGCGCUCCACCAUACUCCGUCAUGGCUUUCAAUAGAAGGUUUUCAGAAAGUCUUCUCCAACUGUAUCGCCACGCAACCACGCAUAACAAUAGAUCUUAACCAUGAUGUGAGUCAUCAAAAAUCAUCUCUUCAUGGAAAGUUGGGCUCUAAUAUGACAGCGGCGUACCAGAGCUGGCUUGGAAGCCCUUCCUUCCGUAUUGAAAUCACCUUGCCCUUUCUCGUUAUGGUAAAUCACGAUGAAGACGACAAGAGAUCUAUCGCUAGAAACGCUGCUUUCCGAUUAACAGAUAAGAUCUAUAUGUAUCCAGCUACAUGGUCCAUCACAGUAACUGGCGUAAGUGAUCGAUAUUGGGCAGCAGCAUGUCUGGUUGAUGACUUCUUGGGAGAAGAACAACCAACAGCACACGAUCCUUUCGAGGAUGCUAUCCUUGUGAGUGACGAUUCGUGGGGCGAUACAGCUGAUAUCAAGAGGCCUACAUCGCCGAGAGCGUAUACUCUCCAAGCAUUGGCUGUGCAAUUGGAGAAGGUUGCCGGAUACAAUUACCAGACUCAGUUACAGCUUGAAAAAUAUUGGAAGACCUUGGAGCAGAACAAAAACGCGGGAAUCGAUGAAAUGAGAAACAAGCUAUCCUGCAUGAUUCGCUUCAUAGAUGUUCUUAAAUGCAUCUCAAGUUUUAAUUCUGAGCUUUUGGUAAGACUUGACACUUUCGCUUCUGAGGAAUUGCAUAAUUCUCCAGAUGAUGGGCCGGAUUACUCCCUGUGGCAAGGUGUCUAUCAAGAGACUGGCACUCCUGAGUCAUUACAGCGGAUUCGGCAGAGUCUUGGGAAGCUUCGCGAUACUCAAGGCCUCAUGGCGAGUUUUGAAGUCAAGGUUCAGGUAUGGGAUAUUCUAUCACACACAACAUAA